UCCAUAUACUUGUUAACCUCUCUCGCAAGUUGUCAUCUUUAGUAGUAUGCGAAGGCAUUGAACUCUUACACAAAAGUGGAUGUGCAAUUAAUGCUAGAGAUGCUGAAGGGAACACUCCAUUGCACUUGUGGGCGGGCUUAGAGGUUAAGAUCAAAAACUUUGAAAAAAUUGGAAAAAAAAUAAUCGAUUGCGGUGGAGCCGUCAACGCAAGAAAUGACUACGAAGAGACACCACUGCAUUUCGCACAGUUCUUGGAACAAGUAGAAUUGUUACUUAAAGAAGGGGCACUGCCGAAUGCACGAGACCUCCGCGGAGAAACUUCUUUUCACAAGUUCGUUCGCAAAGAGACUUUAAUAACAGAUAAGCUAAAGGUUGGUCGAUGGAAGAAGUGCGUUACCUCUGGAAUGGAUCCAUGGAAAAAAAAUAACAGUGGAGUUUGUCCAUUUCAAGUUCUCUUAGAAAAGGGCUUUCUAAAAAGCUCGUUGAGACUAUUAAAAGUAGUUUUCGAAAAAUGUGGCAAUAAAGAAACAACUGAAUCUGCGCGAUGUUUUAAAGAUUCCGAAGGGAAUUCCCUAUUACACUUGGCUUGUAUCACUCAAGCCGAGGCCAUUUGUGAAUACCUGCUUCAAAAAGGAUUCAACGUGAACGAUCAAAACCAUUGUUUGCAAACACCGCUGUGCUUAGUAUGCAGCAAGGUGGGAAGUUGGACAUCUGAAAAGAUGCAAAACUUCAUCCUUCUACUACGGAGAUACCACGCUGAUCCUAAAAUACCUGAUGGUGAUGGAAACACAUGCCAGGCAUUGCUUAAUGGAUAUGAGGCCUUAAAGAGAUCACUGAGAAAAAAUGUCAAGAAAAUGGAAAUUUCACCAAUUUUAAAGUGGCGCAAGGAGUCCGAAAAACACAUGAAUGCAUUUCACGACAUUUCCUCUGGUAAAAACUGUCAAAAAGUUGGAAGGUAUCAUCACCACCAAGACUGUAUUGGAAAAGGGUCGUUUUCGUUAGUCUUUCCUGCUCUGGAUGAAGGAGACGGAAGAGAAUUAGCACUAAAGCGACUAGAAAAAGCCAGGUUGAAAGAAGCACACAUUAAAAGGGAGAUUGAUUGUCUCAUAAAACUGAACGAUUGUCCUGCUGUGGUAAACUACAUUUGUAGCUUUAGCAGCUCUGACUUCCACUACAUAGCUGUUGAGCUUAUGGAAGGGACACUAGAUGAUUAUCUCACAGAGCAGAUGGGAGGAGAUGCUGUUGAUAUAUGUCUUGCCAUACACUCUGGCAUAAACUUCCUACACAACAAUGGAGUUAUUCACAGAGAUUUGAAGCCUCAGAACAUCUUAUACAAAACUACACCGUCGCUAAUGAUAAAAAUCGCAGAUUUUGGGCUCAGUAAAAUUCUACAGAAGGCGAAAUAUUUUGGAUUAAGUGACACAGUUAUGCACUCCAGGGCCGGAACAAAAUGUUGGAAAGCUCCGGAACUCUUUGCAAGGGGCAGCCAAAGCAAGCAUAGCAAGGGGUCUGAUAUUUUCAGUUGUGGUUUGCUCUUCCAUUACACCCUAGCCAGCAGAAAGCAUCCGUUUUAUGACUUGGAAGAGUUUCCAGCACAGCUAGAGUCUCCUGAUACAACUGAGAACAUAAAAGAUAAUAUCAGAAAAAACAAUUCAAACUUUUGUCCCUCUCUUUCGCCGGAGGCUAUCCAUAUUUUGACAAGAAUGUUGUCACCCGAACCUAAGGAAAGGCCAACAGCUUCCUCCCUAGUGAGCUUUCCCUUUUUUGGGGAUAAGGAAACGAGGAAUGACUUUCUCAGGAAAGUGGGAAACGAGAAGGAGUUCAUAGGGUCCAGAUCUGAAACCUCUCACUCGCCGACUGAUGUAGAGAUAGAACUACAGAAACAAGUAGGGAAACAAUGGAAAAACGCUUCUUCGUGGAUAUUAAACAGCUCAAUCUAUGCUGUAUAUUUGGAGGUCACAAGUCAUCCUAAAGCGGGAACUUACCGCACAAAAUCGGCUGUACAUCUUGUUAGGUUCAUACGAAAUACGUAUGAACAUAUCAAGGACCUUUCACCAAAUGUCCAAUCUUUAUUGGCUAACUAUAUUUUUCUAGAGCAUUUUCCUUAUUUGGUUACAGAAGUUUAUAAAGCAGUUCAACCGUGGAAAACAAGACCAGAACUGAAAUCAUUUUAUGAGUAGGCUAUAUCGGUACGUGCUGAUGGAAAUUUUACACUCACCAUGAUAUAUUUUAUUUCUAUAAUUCGGACUCGCAUACCAGGUCCGUUUGGCGUUGGAUACUGACUGUAUCAUUUGAUAUCUUUACUUCUUUAAUUUGCUGCCGUAUUGCCAUACCAAUACAACCUCGACAACAUAUCAACGAGAAGCUUUCCAUGUGCUCCUAUUCAAGUAGUCCUCAGUAACAGCAAUGACAAUGAUAUACCGCAGCAUUAAAAAAAAGUUGGUAAAGAUUUUCUCGAAGUAUUCUAGGGAUCAGUACAAAUUAGACAUAGUGCUAGAAGGCUUGUUAGCUAGAUGGCUUGUUAGCUUAAUUGGUAGAGCGCUGCACUAGUAUCGCAGAGGUCAGUGGUUCGA